UGGUGCACAGCCCCCCUUUCCCACAAGCCUUUGCGGCAGCUCAACGGCGCUAGCUGCUAAGCUACAUCUGCUAGUUCAGUUGUGAUCUGUCAGCCCGGAGCUAAAAGCACGUACACUGCUGGGCUCCACACUCUUACGGAAUACUCUCCUUUGAUGGCUGAAGAAGACCCUGUAAUGUGAUUUCAACUUGGCGCCUGUGAUCAAGGACAGACGCACUGCCCAUGCUGCCACAGUAGAUAAUGCAGUCACUAUGCUACUGAGAGAAGAAUGACAUUUGUCUCAUUUUAAUUCCUGGAGCUGCUUUGGGCAGAGUUCGGGCUUGAUUAAAAAGCUGCUGCUCUGAGCCAAGUUGGUGUUUUUCUCAGCCUGCUUCUUUUGCACUGCCACAGCCUUAGUGUGGAAACUGUUAUGGCACUGGAGACCAACUGAGCAAAAGGGGAUUGUACUGGUAUUGCUAUACUGGUGGAUUAGACUCUGCUGUGGGAGUGGGGACUGGACCAGUGGAGCAGACCCACAGUAACACACAUCAUGUUGCAGGGACACUAGGCUCCCUGUUUGAGCCCCUUGUGUGUGGCGCUUUUUUUUCUUUUCCUGCAAUCUCAUCGAUUUGGAUGGUUGAGCACAAGGGCUACUUUGAAGGAGCCCACCGGUGGCUGUGGUUUGGCCAGAGCUGUCAGAAUUCUUGCCAGCUAUUGCUGAUUUAGCACCCCUCUCUGUUGGUACCACUGCUGUAGCCCCCUUCACUGUGGUCCCCAGUAUGGUGAGUGGAGACUGGAGGCAUCACAGGAGUGGAACUGAACCGUUAGUACUGGUGUAGCCGGUUUUACUUUUCGUCACUUGUUUUUGCUCUCUGAAGGACUGUUUUCCAGUUUUCAAGGACUUCUCUUUUUCCUCUGUGCUGGAAAAACAAAACGCCGCACUCAGGGUCAUUUUUUAAAAACUGAAACCCACGGAAAGAAGACCGUUCCAGAGAAGGAUGAAGCUGAGGAAACAGGUGACAGUGUGCGGAGGGGCCAUAUUCUGUGUGGCUGUGUUCUCACUGUAUCUGAUGUUGGAUCGAGUCCAACAUGACCCUGCAAGGCGACAGAACGGCGGGAACUUUCCACGGAGCCAAAUCUCAGUCCUGCAGAACCGAAUAGAGCAGCUGGAGCAGCUCCUGGAGGAAAACCACCAAAUCAUCAGCCACAUAAAGGACUCUGUGAUGGAGCUCACAGACACAGGAGCUGUGUCUCCCAGUGGCCACCUGCCAUUCAGAAGUGCCAAUGGUUCCUGGGUCCUACCCUUCGACGGUCGCCCCACUUUUCUCGCUGUCAAGCCCCAGGAUUGCCAGUUUGCUGUAGGCAGAAACGGUCAAGCAGACGUUCAGAUGCUGGACGUUUACUCCCUUCUCAAGUUCGACAACCCUGAUGGUGGUGUGUGGAAACAGGGCUUCGACAUCACUUAUGACCCCGAUGAAUGGAACAGUGAUCCGCUACAAGUAUUUGUGGUCCCUCACUCUCACAACGAUCCAGGUUGGAUCAAGACUUUCGACAAGUACUUCACAGACCAGACGCAACAUAUUUUAAACAACAUGGUUGUGAAACUGGCUGAGGAUCCUCGCAGGAAGUUCAUCUGGUCCGAGAUUUCAUUCUUCUCCAAGUGGUGGGAGACUGCAGACAUACACAAACAGGAGGCCAUGCGCAAACUGAUCCUUGGGGGACAGCUCGAAAUCGUGACAGGAGGCUGGGUGAUGACAGAUGAAGCCAAUGUUCAUUACUUUGCCAUGAUAGACCAGCUCAUCGAGGGGCACCAGUGGCUGGAGAGGAAUCUAGGUAUAACUCCUCGCAGUGGGUGGGCGGUAGACCCUUUUGGUCACAGUGCCACUAUGCCAUAUCUACUGAAGAGGGCCAACCUGACCAGCAUGCUUAUCCAGAGGGUCCACUACUCCAUUAAAAAACACUUUGCCUCCACCCGCAGUCUGGAGUUUAUGUGGAGGCAGGCUUGGGACUCCGGGUCAAGCACAGACAUCUUCUGCCACAUGAUGCCGUUUUAUAGCUACGAUGUGCCUCACACAUGUGGGCCCGAUCCGAAAAUCUGCUGCCAGUUUGACUUCAAGAGGUUACCAGGCGGUCGGAUAAACUGCCCCUGGAAGGUGCCACCAAAAACCGUGGUGGAGGCCAAUGUAGCAGAGAGGGCACACCUGCUCCUGGAUCAGUACCGCAAGAAGUCCAAACUCUACCGCAGCAAUGUGCUCCUCGUUCCUCUGGGAGAUGACUUCCGCUAUGACAAGGCCCUGGAGUGGGAUCAGCAGUACAUCAACUACCAGAAGCUGUUUGACUACAUGAAUUCUCACCCAGAGAUGCAUGUUCAAGCUCAGUUUGGGACUCUCAGUGACUACUUCAGUGCCGUGUACAAAAAACAUGGAGUGGCCCAGGGAUCCAGGCCUGCUGAUUACCCGGUGCUUAGUGGAGAUUUCUUCGCCUACGCAGACCGUGAGGACCACUACUGGACUGGCUAUUUUACCUCUCGACCCUUUUACAAGAGCCUGGACCGUGUGAUUGAGUCGCAUCUGAGGGGGGCAGAGAUCCUCUACAGCCUGGCCGUUGCGAACGCUCGGCAUGCGGGGAUGGAAGGACGCUACCCGGUCUCAGAUUAUGCCCUGCUUGUCGAUGCGAGGCGGUCGGUCGGCCUCUUCCAGCACCACGAUGCCAUUACUGGCACCGCAAAGGAGAAUGUUGUCAUUGACUAUGGCACCAAACUACUGCGUUCGCUUAUCGGCCUGAAGAGAGUAAUCAUCAAUGCUGCUCAUUUCCUGGUGAUGAAGAACAAAGAGUUUUAUCGCUUUUACCAGACGGAGCCCUUCCUGGAGACGGAUGACAGGCGUGCUACUCAAGAUUCUCUGCCUCAGCGCACUUUAAUCGAGCUGGAUCCGGCAGGACCGAGGUACCUGGUUCUGUUCAACCCCAUCGAGCAGGAGAGGCUGUGUGCGGUGACGGUGCUGGUCAACACGGUGAGGGUGCGGGUGCUUACUGAGGAUGGACAGACCCUCCCUGUGCAGCUGAGUGCUCAGUGGAGCUCCGCUAGUCAAAUGAGUGCGGAGGUAUUUGAGGCAACUUUCAUGGUUCGUCUGCCACCUCUCGGCCUGGCUGUUUUCCACCUCUAUGACUCCCCGGAUUCGCCCAUGACGCUCCGCUCCGACACCCUGCUCAGGCUUUCCGGUCGUGGCGUCACCGCCCGCGCCGCCGAACCACUUCCUGUCCGCUCCCAGCAGGCCGACGCUCAGACCUUCUACAUCAGCAGCCAGUCUCUGACGCUGGGCUUCUCCGGAACCACCGGCCUGCUGGAGAGUAUCAAGCGCAAAGAUGAUCCUCAAGAAGUGAAGGUUCAGAUGCAGUUCAUGAUCUACGGCACUCGUCCCUCUAAAGACAAAAGUGGAGCUUACCUCUUCCUGCCAGACGGAAAAGCAAAGCCCUACAACCAGAAAGAGCCACCUGUGGUACGCGUUGUUGAAGGGCCUCUUUUCUCUGAGGUGGUGGCACAUUACCAGCACUUUCAGCAGACCUUCCGCAUUCACAAUGUGCCAGGGGUUGAUGGUUAUUCUAUAGACAUCACCACCAUGGUGGACAUCAGAGAUCAGACCAAUAAGGAGCUGGCCAUGCGACUCGUCACCGACAUCCAGAGCGGAGACGUCUUCUACACAGACCUCAACGGCUUCCAGAUGCAGCCUCGUCGACUCCACCUGAAACUUCCCUUGCAGGCCAACUUCUACCCGAUGCCCAGCCAGGCGUACAUCCAGGACAGCAGUCACCGGCUCACACUGCACACGGCUCAGUCUCUGGGUGUGAGCAGCCUGGAGAGUGGCCAGCUUGAAGUGAUUAUGGACCGGCGACUGAUGCAGGAUGAUAAUCGUGGGCUGGGUCAGGGCCUGAAAGACAACAAAAGGACGGCCAACCGCUUCAGACUGCUGCUGGAAAGUAGAUCCACCGGUAACAAGCAUGAUGGCUUCUUUGCCAAACUGUCGUCCCUGUUUCAUUCUUUCUUCUCUCAAAUCUUGAUUGACGGAGUUCGAGAGAUGAUGGACAGUGCAACAACUAGCUUCCCGUCUGUACUCAGUCACAUGACCAACGCCAUUUUGAACCACGAGGUCCUGGCAUUGCCCAUUCUGCCCAAAAGACGCGGCAUCCCUCCUCUGCAAACCUUCGCCCCUCUCAAGUCCAUCCUUCCUUGUGACUUCCACCUGCUGAAUCUGCGCAGCAUCCAGAGUCAGCAGGACCCCCAAUCUCCGUCUGCACACACGGCCUUGAUCCUUCACCGCCUGGCGCUGGACUGUGGUCUCGAGGCUCAGAACCUCGGCUUCAACUGCACCACCACCCAAGGACAGCUGAGCGUGUCGGGACUGUUCAAGAACCUGGACCUGCAGCUGCUCCAGCCCAUGUCUCUGACCCUGAUGGACUCCAGCACGCCUCUGGCCAACGACUCCACCAUCAGCUUGGAUCCCAUGGAGAUCUCCGCCUUCAAGCUCAAACUGCGCUAAGAGCUGCCCGGACCAAAAGCAAUAAAAACCCACCAGACUCCUCGGACCAAAAACCAAGCCGACGCUGGCCACAGACUGGCAACAGAGGGGUCUGGGUCUCUCUGUUUUGUUAAGCAGAAUCACAAACACUUCAGCUGGGAGAGGCAGGGUCCACUGUAACAGGACUGACUGCACAGCAGGGGGCAGGCGAUAGCUGUUACUGUGGACAUCCCGGAGAGCAGCAACACCGGGUUCAACUCGCAGCUGUUCCAAAACAAGAAAGACUGCCAGAAUCGAUCAUCAGACACGACCGCUGGUUGUCUCUGCAAAGGAAAAUGGAACCUCUUGUAGUUCUGCUUUGUAAAGACUUGUGUCUUUUUCUAUCUUUGCUCCAUCCUGGACUGAACUACUGAAUGUAAAUAUCCCUAUGAUGAUGAGGUGGGAGGUGGGAGGU